GAACGAUCAACAUUUAUCUUUGAAUUGAGCAAAAUUCUUACAGUUCUACAUUUGGUUAAGCGACGACGUUUUCCAAUCCAAUUCACAGUCGCAAAUCCAAAGCGAGGACGGCCUGAGAAGCCUUUCGGAUCCAAAAACGUAAGCCCUAGAUCCGAAAUCCCAGCUCAGUUCGUCUUCGUCUUCUCAAAGAUUUUCGAUUUGAGUUUCUGAAUAUCGGAGGUUCUUCAGUUAGUGAUCCACAGGGUCGGAGAUGCCUGUGGCGGCUUCCGCUAUCUAUUUUCUGAAUCUCCGCGGUGAUGUUCUCAUCAAUCGCCUUUAUCGCGAUGAUGUCGGUGGGAAUAUGGUGGAUGCCUUCCGAAUGCAUAUAAUGCAAACAAAAGAGCUUGGUACAUGUCCUGUACGGCAGAUUGGAGGUUGCUCUUUCUUUUACAUGAGAAUUAGCAAUGUGUACAUUGUGAUUGUUGUCAGCAGCAAUGCCAAUGUAGCUUGUGCAUUCAAAUUUGUCGUUGAGGCUGUUAACCUGUUCAAAUCUUAUUUUGGUGGAGCAUUUGAUGAAGAUGCUAUUCGCAAUAACUUCGUUCUGAUUUAUGAGCUUUUGGAUGAAAUAAUGGACUUCGGUUAUCCUCAAAAUCUGUCUCCGGAAAUUUUGAAGCUUUACAUCACUCAGGAAGGAGUCCGCUCACCAUUCUCAUCCAAGCCUGCAGAUAAACCAGUUCCUAAUGCUACUCUACAAGUUACAGGUGCUGUAGGCUGGCGAAGGGAAGGCCUAGUUUAUAAGAAGAAUGAGGUAUUUCUGGAUAUUGUGGAAAGUGUCAAUCUUCUUAUGUCUUCGAAAGGUAAUGUUCUACGUUGUGAUGUGACUGGGAAGAUCCUCAUGAAGUGCUUCUUGUCUGGCAUGCCUGAUUUGAAGUUGGGAUUAAAUGACAAAAUUGGUCUUGAAAAGGAAUCACAACUUAAAUCCCGUCCUGCUAAAAGUGGUAAGACAAUUGAACUUGAUGAUGUUACAUUCCACCAAUGUGUGAACUUGACGAGGUUCAAUUCAGAAAAGACUGUUAGUUUUGUGCCACCUGAUGGGGAGUUUGAAUUGAUGAAGUACCGAAUUACAGAAGGUGUUAAUCUGCCAUUUCGGGUAUUGCCUACAAUCAAGGAAUUGGGUAGGACACGCAUGGAAGUAAAUGUUAAGGUCAAGAGUGUUUUUGGUGCGAAAAUGUUCGCCCUUGGAGUUGUUAUCAAGGUUCCAGUGCCAAAGCAAACAGCAAAGACAAGUUUCCAAGUUACAUCUGGUCGAGCCAAGUACAAUGCUUCUAUUGACUGUUUGGUUUGGAAGAUACGGAAAUUCCCUGGACAAACAGAACCAACUAUGAGUGCUGAGGUUGAGUUGAUUUCUACAAUGGCAGAAAAGAAGUCUUGGACUAGGCCACCAAUCCAAAUGGAAUUCCAGGUUCCAAUGUUUACCGCCUCAGGUUUACGCGUCCGAUUUCUCAAGGUGUGGGAAAAGAGUGGAUAUAAUACUGUUGAGUGGGUUCGAUAUAUUACCAAAGCCGGAUCAUAUGAAAUUAGAUGUUAGAGAGUUGUGUUAGAGAGUUGUGAAGGCUUUUUUCAUGCUUCUUUGAAGACUUGUCGAGGGUUAACAUUUCUAAGCCUGUGACAGCCGAGAUCAUGGGGUGGCAAUGGCUAAUGUUGCCAAGUCUUUCGCGGUCCACAAUCCCUUCAAGGUGCAGCUAGUGUUCUGCUUUCUUGUAUUACUAGAGUUGCCUCUUGUUUUUGUUGUUGCACUAGAAUUCUGUCAAUAUAAUUACAGUGGGAUCUUGAUUCAAUCCUGGUGUUGUAAAGGCUACUACUGCUCAUCUUGAUUUGUCACGAUAAUUUUUUGCUGUUUUAUAGCACUGUUGAUUUGAGAAUGGUAGUUUCCUAAUUCUUCAA